UCUAGAGUAGCUUGAAUCCCUUUACCAGAGACUACAGCUCGCGUAACCAGACCCUUCCUAUAGACAUUUUUUCCAAGUUCCAGGAACCUCCCUGAGAUCCCCCUUCAGAAAUUGAGAGUAGUCUUCCUGUUGUUGAAAGCCACGUGACACUACUCAAUCCCGGGUGGAAUCCCUAAACACUGUGUAGUCCAGACUUGUAAAACUCGUUCCAUCCUCCCCCUCCCUUUUUUUGAGUCUCCUCAAAUUAUCCUAUUUGAGUCUGCCAUCUGUUUCCCGCAGAGCCUGGCAGGAAAAACCUUAGCCAAGUCUGAACAGAAAACUGUUCAGGAUUCUGGAGGGGAGGACUGGACACAGAAGGCAGGGGUUGGCUAAACGCCAUCAGAAGUCUAGAUGGACCAGGGUGGGGUGAGGUUGGGUACAGUAGGUGCAUGACCAGAAGUGCGUGGUGAGUGACCCAGCGAAGGAAAGCCUAAUUGUGCGGGAUGUCCCGAGUAGGCCUAUCCCCAAUGCGGUGUGUGUUUUCUCCUCACAGCAUGCGGGAGACCCCGGGGCGCGAGGAGUCGGAGCCGGGCAUGGAGGCCCCAUGCGCGGCACCGUGCCACGCGCAGCGCAUCCUGCAGACACUCAACGCGUACCGGCGGAGCGGCACCCUCACCGACGUGGUGCUGCGAGCCGGCGGCCGCGACUUCCCGUGCCACCGCGCCGCGCUUAGCGCGCACGUGCGUCUGCCGCUGCUGGCGCCCGCCUACUUCCUGGAGAAGGUGGAGGCCGAUGAGCUGCUGCAGGCCUGCGGCGACUGCCGCCCGCUGCUGCUUGAAGCCCGCGCCUGCUUCAUCCUGGGCCGGGAGGCGGGCGCAGUGCGGGCCCGGCCACGGAGAUUCAUGGACCUAGCCGAAAUGAUCGUGGUCAUUGGCGGGUGCGACAGAAAAGGGCUUCUGAAGCUGCCUUUCGCCGAUGCUUACCACCCAGAAAGUCAGCGCUGGACCCCGCUGCCCAGCCUGCCUGGGUACACACGCUCUGAAUUUGCCUCCUGUGCACUUCGAAAUGACAUUUACGUUUCUGGAGGUCACAUCAACAGCAGAGAUGUCUGGAUGUUUAGCUCCCAUCUGCACACCUGGAUCAAGGUUGCCUCCAUGCACAAGGGCAGGUGGAGGCACAAGAUGGUGGCCCUGCAGGGACAGCUCUUUGCAGUGGGUGGUUUCGAUGGCCUGCGGCGCCUGCGCAGCGUUGAGCGCUACGACCCAUUCUCCAACACUUGGGAGGCCACGGCGCCCCUGCCGGAGGCCGUGAGCUCUGCAGCGGUGGCGCCCUGCGCUGGUCAGCUCUACGUGAUUGGGGGCGCUGGGCAGGAUGGUGUCAACACUGACAAGGUGCAAUGCUUUGACCCCAAGGAGGACCAGUGGAGCCUGCGGUCACCGGCACCCUUCCUGCAGCGGUGUCUGGACGCUGUCUCCCUGGAGGACACCAUUUACGUGGUGGGCGGCCUCAUGAGUAAGAUUUUCACCUACGACCCGGGCGCCGACGUCUGGGGAGAGGCAGCUGAGCUGCCAGGCCCUGUGGAGAGCUGUGGCGUGACGGUGUGUGACGGGAAAGUCCACAUCCUUGGUGGGCGGGACGAACAUGGGGAAAGCACCAAUAGUGUCUUCACCUUUGACCCUAGCAGUGGGCAGGUGGAAGCCCAGCCAUCACUACAACGCUGCACCAGCUCGCACGGCUGCGUCACCAUUGUCCAGAGCCUGAGCAGAUGACGGGACAGCCUGAACCAGAGGAGGAGAAAAUUG